AUGCCUCCUCUGUCCCCCCUCUCAAUUGCAACCGCAGCGGUCCAGCGGCUAGUAAAGGAGGAAGCCUCAUAUCACCGCGAAUUAAAGCAGCAGGAGGAUCGCAUCAAACGUCUUGAGGCCGAGCAACCUGGUGAAGAUGUGGAUGGCAACCGGGAAUAUAUGCUUAAACAAGAGCGCCAGCACUGGAAGAGACGAGAAAAGUUCUUCCAAGUAUGA